GUACAAUUUGCCGGCAACACCUUGGCUAAACACGAACCUAGUGUCAAGUACUACAAAUUAACUUGUAAUAAUAAUUUAAAAAAAAAAAAAGCAGAAAAUAAAAGCUAGAGCUACUAUAAAUACAGUGUUGCAGGGCUCUGUGUAACUCAUCAGUUCUCAAAGCUUGCAAAGCAUAGUCCCGUUGGCAAUUAAAAGUGAGAGUUGAAUACUUGUUUGCGUUUUCCUAAAAGAUGGCGGAUCAUCUUCGUUCUAGUGAGCAGCAAGAAGCUGAUGCUGCAGCCUCCAAAGGCUGUGGGAUGUUUGACUUUCUCAAGAAGAAACCCGAAGAUGCACACUCUUCCGAGAAUGCAGGUGUGAUCAAGGAAAAAAAGGAAGAGGAGAAGCCUUCUCUCGCUGAAAGACUCCACCUUUCCGACAGCUCUUCAAGUGAUGAGGAAGCGGGUGAAAAUGGGGGAAAGAAAGAGAAGAAGAAGAAGAAGAAGGAAGAUGCUGCAGAUCAAUGUGAAACAGAGGAGAAGAAAGGCAUCAUGGAGAAGAUCAAGGAGAAGCUUCCUGCAGGUAUAGGUCACCCUGACCAAGCCAAGCCUGAACAUGAGGAUGGGAAGGAGAAAGGGUUUAUGGAGAAGGUGAAGGAUAAGCUUCCCGGAGGUGACCAUGGGAAGCCUGAACUUGAACCUCAUCAUGACAACGCCAAGGAGAAAGGGUUUAUGGACAAGAUCAAAGAGAAGCUUCCUGGUCAUAACAAUGAUGAGAAAAAGAAGGAAACCUAGUUAUAAUAAUUUCCUUUUUUUUUUUUUUUUUUUUUGUACUUUGGUUUUCACCACUUGCUUUUUCAUCUUCUUGUAUUAUUGUCUACCUCGUCGUAUUAGUGAAAUGCCAGCUUUCUA